AUGGCAUCGAUCCAUGAAAGCAGCAAAAAGGUUGAUGGAUCGUACUUCAUCCUCUGCAAGGAGAUAAAGAAAGAAUGUGGUAGCGAGCGGAUGGAAAGCUACAAAGGACGGCUGAGCACCGGAGGAGGCGUUUUUGCUGAUAAAACGAGCAACGGAUUCCCUCAAGGUAUGGUCAUUUUAUGGCUGUGAGAGUGAACGCGAAUUGAAGCAUUCUUCGGUUCACUGAGUGUCUGCUUUUGGAUGAAAACAGCAUGGAGGAACAGCCUGCAUAUUUCGCAUUCCUGAGGCUUGAUAAGCUUUGCUAUAGCCGGUCAGCCAAGUCCAGUUGCUAAGCAACGAGACGUGUAUGUUUUUCAGCUUCUUCUAGGUGGAAAAUUACAAGCCAAGUGAGGCUGGGACUGUGAGAGGCGGGAAAAACACUGGUGUUUUGUCUAUUAUCUCACUGCUCUUGGAGGGAUUUUCCGAAGCAGCCUGUGUUUAGCUGCCAGGUGCAAGGCAGUAAACAACCCAAUAGACUCUUGGAUUUUACAGGCUCGAGAGUGAGAGCUAAGGCUUGGAUUCAAAAUGGAUACCAAGGGGGGGGGGAGGCUUACCUUACCCACCUCCACUGACUAAUGACAAUUAUUCCUCAUGGUCUGUAAAGAUGAAAGCCCUGCUUCAGAAUCAGAGGAUUUUUGGGGUGAUUGAUAAUCCCAUCCCUGCUGCUCCAACGCCAAGUUGGAAUUCACAGAAUGUGAGAGCCAGGACGGCCAUAAUUCUGUGUGUCUCUGAUGAUCAACUUGUGCAUAUUCAGGAUUUGGAAUAUGCGUGUGAGAUUUGGCAAACGCUGCGUAGAAUACAUCAAAGAGAUGCUGGUUCUUCAGCGUUGCUGCAUUUUGAAAAGCUGACCAAUCUAAAGCUAGUGCCUGAUGGAGAUAUGCAAGCGCAUCUGACAGAGAUGAAAUUCUUACGCCAGCAGAUGGCGCAACGCAAUUUCCCUCUACAGGAAGAGAUAUUCUGCUUCAUGAUUAUUAACAGCCUUAAUCGGACUUAUAAAACCGUUGCAAGUCAGCUGGGUUCUCUACCUGCCGCAGAUCUUAUGGUGGAAAGAAUUUGUGCUGUGGUUUUGAAUGAGAGAGACAGACUUGCUGAAAUAGAUGUCAAAGACAGGGGGAGAGAAGCUCGGAGUUCUGACACCCCCACUGCUAUUGCUAGUGAAGAACAGGCUGUUGCUUUGAACGUUGUCCGUUGUGACAAUUGUGGACAGACUGGGCAUCUUCAGCGGAAUUGUAAGAAGCCACGUCAACAGAAAGGAGCUAAAGGGAGCUCUGCAAAGCCUGAGGCAUCAGGCAAAAGUCGUACCAAGUCCCAGGUGAAACCUGCAAAGGCAUUGCUGUCAACAAAAGCUGAAUUUUCAACGGAGAACGCUUUUGUUCUUGACACGGGUUGCACGCAAGACAUGACGUCGCGCCGAGAACUGUUUUCAACGUUUAAGAUGCAAAGCUUCACUGUGAAACAGGCCAAUGGCCAGGAGCUUGAAGCGACCGGGUUUGGAACUGUGUAUCUUGAGAGUCUGAACUUGACUAUUAACAAUGUGUAUUUGGUUCCUGAUUUAAAGUUCAAUCUGCUGAGUGUUUCACAGAUCACAAAGAAAAGACUGAUUUUGUCCUAUGAUAGAGAAAGCUGCAAAAUCUUCAAAGAUGGAGAGCUGUAUCUUUCUGCCAGAGAGAAAGAUGGACUGUAUUUGUUGACUUUUGAUCAAAGUGAUUGCAUAAAUUGUAAUGCAUCUGAGUCUAACAUGAUUUCUCUUGCAGGCAUGACGAAGGACAUCCAGAAGACGACGAAAGUAACUAAAGCUUUUCAGCGAGUGUAUGCUGAUGUGAUUGGUCCUCUAGCACCAUCUAGAGGCAAUGCAAGAUAUUAUCUUGUGUGUGUGGAUUAUUUCUCUCAUUAUGUGUGGAUAUACAUAUUGCAGAAACCACAAGAAGCCAUAGAAAGGUUUAAAGAGUUUUGUGACAAAGUUAAAAAUGUUCAUGAUGCUAACAUUGAUUGUCUUUUCACAGAUGAAAAGCCAGUUUUUCUUUUGCAGGAUUUUCAGGAUUUCCUGGAUAAGAAAGGGAUAACGCACAAGACUGCUUUUUCUGCAGGAGCAUGGAACAAAAGUGUCUGUGUGCAAGUGAACAAAGAAUUGCAAAAGGGCAUGAAGGCGCAAUUGCUGAGUUCACAUUUGCCACAUGAGUAUUGGGCUGAAUCUUUAUUGUGUUAUUGUUACUCUUGGUUGAGAAAGGUUUCAAAAGGUUUAGGAAGUUCUCCUUUUGAAAAGCUAUUCCCACCUCCCGUGCGUUUCGAGGGCUUGGAGGGAGAGAGCCUUGGCUGAUGUAACUUGCUGGUCUCCGCUAUCUGUAGAAGCAAAUUGAGUCAUGUUUCUGUAACUUUCCUGCCUGUGUGUAGCUCAGAGUAGGCAGCAUUUGUUGUUGUUUAGUCGUUUAGUCGUGUACGACUCUUCGUGACCCCCUGGACCAGAGCACGCCAGGCCCUCCUGUCUUCCACUGUCUCCCGCAGUUUGGUCAAACUCAUGCUGGUAGCUUCGAGUACACGGUCCAACCAUCUCGUCCUCUGUCGUCCCCUUCUCCUUGUGCCCUCCAUCUUUCCCAACAUCAGAGUCUUUUCCAGGGAGUCUUCUCUUCUCAUGAGGUGGCCAAAGUCUUGGAGCCUCAGCUUCAGGAUCUGUCCUUCCAGUGAGCACUCAGGGCUGAUUUCCUUCAGAAUGGAGAGGUUUGAUCUUCUUGCAGUCUAUGGGACUCUCAAGAGUCUCCUCCGGCACCAGAAUUCAAAAACAUCAAUUCUUCGGUGAUCAGCCUUCUUUAUGGCAGGCAGCAUUGUGCUCUCCAAAUGUUGAUAGACCAAAAUUCCCAUAAUCGCUAAGAAUUGGCCUUGCUGACUGGGGCUCAUGAGAGUUCCACUUCAGCAACACCAGGAGAGGUGCAGUGUCGGCGAUCCCUGCUGCUGCAGCUGCACCACUAAGGUUUCUACUAGAGCAGCCAGUAGAGAGCAACAUAAACCGAGUGGCAGAGAUGUAUUAGAUUAGAUUAUAGCAAAUGUGGGCAACUUCUCCAGUGAUCGGGGUGGGAGUUGCAGUUUGUUAAGGGCAGUAACGCGAAAGCAGAACGGCCAUUUUGCAUGAAGAAGGUUUUCGGCUCAGUCACCAGUGUGUGCAGAUAGGGCUGGGCAUGAUCUCUGCCUGAAAGCUGCUGCCAGUCCAUGCAGUCCGUCCUGAGCUUGAUGGGUCAAUGGUCUGCCUCAAUAUAAGGUAGCUUCCUAUGUUCCUGUGUACUACAGCAGGGUUUGGAGGGCCACAAGAGCCCUGCCCAUGAAUUCAAGAACCAGGGGAAAUUCUAAAAGUCUUUGCUGAAAGGACAUCAAAGCAGGGGCCAGGUGAACCUCUUUGGGAGAUUAUUUUGAAAGUUCGGGUGCCAUGACUGAAAAGGCCCUGCCAUACUUGAAAGAGCAGGAGUUCCCUGGGAAAGGGCUGCCCCUGCUAACGAUUCUAGUCAGUGGAGAGGCAGUGCAAAAAUAAGUGGGCCUUCUUCUGGUACCCUUUUCCCAAACCUUGAAACACUUGAAAGGCCAAAUGGGAUGCUCUGAAUUGGGCCUGGAAGCAGUGCAAGAGCCAGUCUAGUUCACAGAGCACUAGCCUAAUAUGAUCAUACUGCCCAAUCCUAGUUAUCAGUCUUACUACAUAUUGCAGGAAGUGGCAGCAGGCUGCCCCCCCCCCGCCCCCGUGAGCUAGCCUGUAGCUGUGGUUUCUUUGCUUUUUUCCAGCAUUGUCAUCUGAUCACUAAAAAUGAGCUUCAGAGACUUCUGACCUACGACCAGGUGAGAGACAUCUUUGUGUUAUAUGUGGUGGUUUAGGAUAUUGCCCUGUUUAUUUCCUUUGUCUGGGAUACCCCAGCCUAGGCUAGAGAAACCACUUUCAGACAGUUAGGAGCAAAGAACAUAGGAUGACUGCGACUUCUACAAAUGCUUUUAAGGUUGCAGGUUUGUGCAACCUGAAUUAGAAGCAAGUCCCAAUUAAGUUGGAGGGUUGCCUUGGAAUAAGUAGGACUGCUCUGCAAUUUCCCAGUUAGAGGGCUUUCCUAGCUCAGCACACGCUCCAGAUGUUGUUGGACUCCCAUCAGCCCCAGCAUAGCUGCUGUCCAGCAAUAUCUAAAGGUCUAAGGUUUCCUGCUCUAGGUUUUGCAUCUGUCUGGAAAAUCUGCGUUGCUCACAUGUUCUUAUCAGCAGAGACUUCCAUUAAGUCCAAUUAAAUUGCUGGUGCUUUUUCUUUUACAUUUUCUCUCCAAGGUUUGUGUGUUCAUCAUGUUGACGACCUUUCUCCCACUUGGCAUAAGGAUCAUUGGUAUUUUGUGUUGAAACAGAGGCCUGAUUGCUGCACCUUAUGGUGGAUUUAAACUCUGUGAGCGUAGUCAUGCCUUAGCCCUUUGAGAAGGAUGCUGCAAGGAAGGCAAGGGGGGGGCAGCCUCAGACUUCCAACAUAUUCAAAACCAUAAUAAAACAUUAAAAACUUCCCUAAAGGCUGUAUAGUUACUUAUCUCCUUGACAUCUGAUGGAAGGGUGUCCCACAGGGCAGGUGCCACUACUCAGAAGGCCCUCUGCCUGGUUCCCUGUAACUUCGCUUCUCACAGUGAGGAAACCGCCAGAAGGCCCUCGGUGCUGGACCCUGAUGCCUGGGCUGAACAAUGGGGAUGGAGACACUCUUUCAGGGCUGAGGCCAAUUAGGGCUUUAAAGGUUGGCGCCAACACUCAGAAUUGUGCUCAGAAACGUCCUGGGAGCCAACGUAGGAUGCAAAAGGAUGGUUUUGCAGUUGCUCAUAGUGUUGGGGUGUAUUCUGGUGGUUGUUAACAGUUUGUAUGGAUUAUUGGUACAUAUAACAUUGUCUAUUGGAGGUAUAGCUAACCUGUGGUCUGCCAGAUGUUACUGAGCUGCAGUUCCUGUUGGCUCCAGCCAUCAUGGCCAGUAAUCAGGGAUGAUGGGAAUUGUAGUUCUGCAGCAUUGUGAGGGCCACGUGUCUGCUGCUCCUGAGUUAGAGGAUUUUCCUGUCGUGUGAUGCAGCAAAGUAAUUUAAGAUGACAUGGGGCAAAAAAGCACAAGCAUCCUGUACCUUUAAUAAUUGUGUAUAAGAUAGGAUUUCAGCAGGUAUACCCCUUUUUUUGCACUUGGCUAACCUACUAGUAGGGACGCGGGUGGCGCUGUGGGUUAAACCACAGAGCCUAGGGCUUGACGAUCAGAAGGUCAGAGGUUCGAAUCCCCGCAACAGGGUGAGCUCCCCUUGCUCUGUCCCUGCUCCUGCCAACCUAGCAGUUCGAAAGCACGUCAAAGUGCAAGUAGAUAAAUAGGUACCGCUCCGGCGGGAAGGUAAACGCUGUUUCUGUGUGCUGUUCUUGUUGACCAGAAGCGGCUUAGUCAUGCUGGCCACAUGACCCGGAAGCUGUACGCCAGCUCCCUCAGCCAAUAACGCGAGAUGAGCGCCGCAACCCCAGAGUCGGUCACGACUGGACCUAAUGGUCAGGGGUCCCUUGACCUUUACCUUUAACCUACUAGUACUUCACCUUGGUCUUCCAGCACAACAGUGGCUGUUAAUAGACUCCAUUGUCAGGCAACAGGGGGUCUUUUGCUUCUCUGUCACGGCUAAAAUGGCCGCUGUUUCUUUAAUGCGAAUAAAGCUGGGUCAGCAUGACUCAGCGGCUUGCAGCAGGUUGUAUAUAUAUAGUGAGAAAUGUUAGUCUGAGACUGAGGCUGGUGUUUGGGUUGGUUGGUUAUGCUGGUGUGUAUAGUUCUUCAGUCGUGUUUUGCACAAAGACUUUUAAGAAUAAAACUCUGCAAGGAUAUUCUCGUGGACUCUCUUAUGCAGACAAGGGUCCGAGGACCAGGCUGAAGAGACAAAGGGAGGUCAGAACCCUUUCCUUCUUUUUUUUUGCUUUUUACAAACACUGACAGAUUAUGGGCCCAGUGUUUCUGAGCAUGUGCAGAGUGCAAAACGACUGACAGCAUCUCAGCAGGGAGCUGGUGAGUCCUGGUGGUGUACGAAGCCCGUGGCUGUGCGUUGGAGCAGUUGGUGGCAAGCUGUAACUGUCUGCAGCGACGCUGGAGCGGCUAGGAUCUGAGGAUCUGGAAAGCACUCAGCGUCAGCUACUGAAACAGUUUGAACUGCUGGAGGACCACAGUAGGCGACUCACAGAGCGGGUACACCAGUUGCAGGGCCAGGCAGGACCUGAGGGUCAACAGAGGCAGCAGCUAGAAGCCGGUGAGUGCCAGCCAGGACCAUCCAGUCGGACUCUAAAGAGAGAGUCAGGAGAGCUUGCUGGAGACCCCACAGAAGGGGCUCAGCAAGCACCAGCAGAGAUGGCAGAUUUCCAGUCUUCCCAAGUUGUAAAUAUUGGGGGAGGCAUCCCUUUUGAACUUCUCUCAGAGAGCAACUGGCUGAGUUGGUCAAUUAAAAUGCAGCAGUUGUUAAGGAGAGAUGGACUAUGGGACUGUGUUGAAACUGAGGUUUUGAGGACUGACUCUGCUGAGGAAAAACGGCUGGAUGAAAGGGCUCGUGCCCAAAUUAUGCUGUGUUUGAGCAACUCUCAGUUAUUGCAUGUAGCAAAUGCCAGCACAGCGUUUGAGUGCUGGAAUUUAUUAAGGGUAAUGCAUGUCAGAGAAACUGCUGGAAGUAUAAUUUCUCUGACCAGAAGGCUGUUCAGGACUGUUAUGAAAGAAGGUGAGAGUUUGGCAACUCAUCUUCAAACGCUGAAAUCUCUGUUUCUUCAACUACAGCAGAGAGGUAAGCAUUAUGAUGAGACUGACCAAACCUACAUUAUCCUUUCAAGUUUGCCUGAAAGCUGGUUGCCUGUGAUUAACAGCAUGGAGAGUAUGCCUCCCCGAGAUCUGACCCUUGAGUAUGUGGUUGGAAGAUUGACUGAAGAAGCAGAAAGAAGGUCAGAUAGACAGGCUGAACCCCAAGAAUGGAGGAGUUACAGCCGAGGCGGCCAGCAGCAGAAUCUGCCAAUGGAGCAACGCCAAGGUUUGGACUUGGCCAUGGUGGUGAGGAGGUGCUAUAGAUGCAACCAACCCGGGCAUCUCCAAUGUCAAUGCAGGGCAAGACUUCCAGGAGACGACGUGGAGCAGAGACAGCAAUUGACGCAGAAACGUAAGCAGAAGGGGUUCUCUUCAGGGAAGAAGAACACGCGUUCUGCUCAGUUUGUGUCUGCAUUUUCUCGAGAGGAGAGAAAGAUACCUCGAGGAACAUGGUUGCUGGACUCUGGGAGCAGCAGGAUUAUCUGCAAUAGUCGGGAGGACUUUAAGACCCUGGAGAAGCCAGCCGAUGGAAAAGACUCAAUCUAUCUUGCUGAUGGUCGUAGAAGCAAGAUUGAUGGCCAGGGAACAUGUUUCCUGCAGUGCUUGAACACUACUCUACCAGAGACCCUGUUUGUCAGCAGUUUGGACUAUUGUUUGCUGUCUGUAAGCUGUUUGAUUAAUGUAGGGUAUAGUGUUAACUUCACACAGGAUGGCUGUCUGAUAAAGAGUGGAACUCAGGUAUGUGGCCAUGCAAAGUUGGAAAAUGGGUUAUAUGUAAUGCAGGACAAGCCUGUUAAAGCAGCCCAGGUGGUUCAGGAUAAUUUGCCAGUUCAUAAGGGGUGUGUACAUGAACUGCACAGAAAACUGGGUCACGCCAAUUUCCAUGUGCUUUCAGAGAUGCAAAGGUGUGCAAGAACCUAAAAGUAAAUAGCUGUAACUGUUUCCUAGAUUGCAAUGUAUGUAAAAUGGCCAAAUCUAAGAGGAAGCCUGUGGCUUCUAAAAGUGACAGAGUAUCUAAAGAGGUUUUAGAACUUGUCCAUUGUGACGUGAUAGGCCCUUUUCCACAGAAGACUGAAGGGGGCGCCAGAUAUGCUUUUCUGGUAAUAGAUGAUAAAUCACGUUUUAGUUGGCUGUUUUUGUUAAAGCAGAAAUCUGAGUGUUUCUCCACAUUCAGAGAAUGGGUUGCCCAAGCUGAAAAGCUCUUCGCUCGCACUGUUGUGCAGCUGCAAACAGAUAGGGGCGGAGAAUUUCUGAACAAACAAUUUGGGGCAUGGUUGCGAUGUAAGGGGAUCACUCAUCGUUUGACUAACCCUUAUAGCCCUGCUGAAAAUGGUCUGUGUGAAAGACGUGGGGCUGUAAUACAGUCAGUAAAGGACUGCCUGCUAGUGGAUGCAGGAUUGGGUCACAACCAUAGGCUGUGGGGCGAGGCUUUUCUGACAGCGAACUUUUUGAUUAAUAGAACCUGGUCUAGCUCUAUAAAAGAUAUUCCUUAUCGUGUGUUGUUUGGGAAAGAACCAGAGUGGACAAUGCUCCAUAACUGGGGUUCUUGGGCACAUGUAAAUAUCCCCAAAGCUCAGCGCCAGAAAGGGGGCGCUAGAGCGCAGAAACUGUGCUUUGUGGGAUAUCAGUCCUAUGGGAAAGGGUGGCGUUUCAAUUUACGCCCAGGACGCAUGGUUCUGUCAUGAAGUGCAGACUUUGCUGACCAGGACAGAUGGACUGCGAUCCAUGCCAACCCAGAUUGCCUACUGCCCCUGCAGGUAAGAGAAGAGGCUUCUUCUACGCCAUUGGCAACACAGGAGCAGGAUGAGGAGGAGGCACAGAUUUCCCCAAAGGAUGUGGCAAUAGAUAAUACUUCUCUAGAGGAAGAGGAAGAAGAGCCAGAGAUAAGGGGGGGGGAGAGAAGAAGUAGUUGUGCCUAGGCGCUCCCAGCGUUUAAACAAGGGUGUACCUCCUCAGCGUUUGACCCUAGGAGGAGUGAGAGUAUGCAAUGUGAGUUGUGUGGAACCACAAAGUUAUAAUGAAGUCUUAGACUUACCCCCUGGAGAACGUGCUUUGUGGCAACAAGCCAUGAAAGAAGAAAUUGACUCUUUUAAACGUAACAAAGUGUUUGAGUUUAUAAUGCCGCCACCUAGUGGCAGAGUGGUGUCAUGCAAGUGGGUUUACAAAAGAAAAACCCUUGCAUCUGGGGAACCACGUUUUCGAGCCAGAUUAGUAGCCAGAGGGUUCACUCAGAUUAAAGGGGAGAGUUAUGAUGAAGUGUUUUCUCCCACUGUAAAGAGUGAAACUUUUCGUUUAAUGCUUUCCAUUGCUGCUGUAAGACAACUAGCAGUGCACCAUUUUGAUGUUGAUGCUGCAUAUCUGCAUGCAAAUUUAGACCAUGAAGUGUUAAUGAGACAACCCCCUGGGUUUGAAGAGGGGAAUGGUGCAGUCUGGCGUUUGAAAAAAGCUGUUUAUGGUCUCAAACAAAGUGGAAGGUGUUGGAACCAGUGUUUAAAUGAAGCCCUUGUAAAAAUUGGUUUUAAAAGGAGUGUGGCUGAUCCAUGCCUGUACACCAAGGGGACAGGCAACAAAUAUCUAAUGCUCUUAGUCUUUGUUGAUGAUUUGCUUGUAGCAGGGAGUUCCACAGAUGAGAUCCAGAAGCUCACAAGUCAACUGGGAAAAAGGUUUAAGCUUAAAGCCUUAGGGCCUGUAAGCAAUUACUUGGGAGUAGAAGUAAGGCAGGAAGCUGAUGGAAGCUUUCUAUUAAGCCAGAAAGAGAAAAUUCUUCAUUUGAUAGAGCAGUUUGGCAUGGAAAACUGCAAGCCAGUUCAGACUCCCGUGACACUUCCGGGUUAGCGCCAGCGGCGAAUGGCGGAGUUUCUCUAAGCGGAGGAACCGGCUCCGUGAAAACUGGGUCGCCCACCGCGGCGAAGGUGGGGACCCGCUAGAAAUCCCAGGUGGAGGAAGCCUGGGAACGUGGGGGUUCGGCAGGGCACCAUGAGUGCCUCCCCUACUCGUGGGGAAUCCCAUUUAGGGGCUCCGGCGCGAAGUGGGGUGAGCGGCGCGGUGCUGCGAACUGACUGCUACUUUCACGGAGUGAAGCCGCACAGCCAUUGCCGGAGAGCGCUGACUUUUUCCUGUGGACAUUCGGAUUUAAAGUAAUUACCUGUGAGUAAAGUGAAGAAAUUGGAACUUUAAAAGCUGAAUUAGGCUACGAACGGGGGAGGUGUAAAACAGGAAGUCCGCCUUCCUCUUUUUGUAAAUAGUUGGAAGCAAAGAGGUUUAAACUAAAGCCUGAAAGACUGUGUUUAAUGUUUAAAUUUCCAGUAUAAAAAUAGCGAACCCCCCCUUGGAAGCAGGGGAAAAGGGGGAGGAUUCUUGGACAUUAUUUGCCUGCAGAAAAAGAGGGAAAAGUUAACUUUUCAUUUCUUUUUUUUAAAAUGAUAUUUAUUAAAAUUUCAAAAGGAAAAGAUUACAUUAAAAAGAAAAUUAACAGUAAAAAGAAAAAAUACAAAAUACAAAAUACAAAAAAGAAAAACCAAUUAAAAACAAUUCCAUCUUUUCAUCACUUCUUUUACAUUUACUUGUUUCCCAGACCUCCUCAUACCUCCUCUUUUGUAUUCCAGUUCAAUUUAUUAAUCCAGCAAUUCCUUUCCCUCCUUUUUAAUCCUGAUCUUUAAUCCUGAUAUAUUAUAACAUUAAAUUUUUAGAUAUUAAAAACCAAUUUUUCCAUAUUCUUUUAUACCAUUACAGCUAGAAACCACUUAACUUCAAUCCAACAUCAUUCUAACAUUCAUUAAUUUUACAAUAUUUCUGUAGAUAGUCUUUAAAAUUCUUCCAAUCUUCUUCCACUGACUCUUCUCCCUGGUCUCGGAUUCUGCCAGUCAUUUCCGCCAAUUCCAUAUAGUCCAUCAUUUUCAUCUGCCAUUCCUCCAGUGUGGGUAGAUCUUGUGUCUUCCAAUGCUCUGCAAUAAGUAUUCUUGCUGCUGUUGUAGCAUACAUAAAGAAAGUUCUGUCCUUCUUUAACACCGAUUGGUCGACUAUGCCCAGGAGGAAGGCCUCUGGUUUCUUCAGAAAGGUAUAUUUAAAUACCUUUUUAAAUUCAUUAUAAAUCAUCUCCCAGAAAACCUUAAUCCUUGGGCACGUCCACCAAAGGUGAAAGAAUGUACCUUCAGUUUCUUUACAUUUCCAACAUUUAUUAUCGGGCAAAUGAUAAAUUUUUGCAAGCUUGACUGGGGUUAUGUACCACCUGUAUAUCAUUUUCAUAAUAUUCUCUCUUAGGGCAUUACAUGCCGUAAACUUCAUACCUGUGGUCCAUAACUGUUCCCAGUCUGCAAACAUAAUAUUAUGUCCAACAUCCUGUGCCCAUUUAAUCAUAGCAGAUUUCACUGUUUCAUCCUGGGUAUUCCAUUUCAGCAGCAAGUUAUACAUUCUUGACAAAUUCUUAGUUUUGGGUUCUAACAGUUCUGUUUCUAAUUUUGAUUUUUCCACCUGGAAGCCAAUUUUCUUGUCCAUAUUGUAUGCCUCCAUUAUCUGAUAAUAAUGAAGCCAGUCUCGCACUUUAUGUAUUAGUUUUUCAAAACGCUGCAGUUUCAAUCUAUCUCCAUCUUGUUCUAAAAUUUCCCAAUAUUUCGGCCAUUUGACCUCCAUAUUGAGCUUUUUCAGAGCUUUCGCUUCCAUCGGUGACAGCCACCUUGGGGUUUUAUUUUCCAAUAAGUCCUUAUAUCUUAUCCAAACAUUAAACAAUGCUUUCCUGACAAUAUGAUUUUUAAAUGCUUUGUGUGCAUUGACCUUAUCAUACCACAGAUAUGCAUGCCAUCCAAAUACAUUGUUAAAACCUUCUAGAUCCAAAAUGUCAGUGUUUUCAAGAAGCAGCCAUUCUGUCAACCAGCAAAAAGCUGCUGAUUCAUAAUAAAGUUUAAGGUCUGGCAGGGCAAAUCCACCUCUUUCCUUUGCACCUGUUAGUAUUUUAAAUUUUAUUCUGGGCUUCUUGCCCUGCCAGACAAAUCUAGAAAUAUCUCUCUGCCACCUCUUGAAACAGUCCAUUUUGUCCACAAUUUGCAAUGUUUGAAACAAAAACAACAUUCUAGGCAAUACAUUCAUUUUUACCGCAGCAAUACGGCCCAGCAGUGAAAGCUUCAAAUUUGACCAGAUUUCUAAAUCUUUUUUCACUUCAGCCCAACAUUUUUCAUAGUUAUCUUUAAAUAAAUUCCCAUUUUUUGCUGUCAUGUUAAUCCCCAGGUAUUUAACUUUCUUAACCACUGUUAAACCUGUCACAUUCUGAAACGUCUCUCUCUAUAUUGGUGUUAAAUUUUUCUCUAAAACCUUAGUUUUUAACUUAUUCAAUUUAAACCCUGCAACUUGACCAAAUUCUUGGAUCAAUUCUAAAACCCUUUUGGUACUAGAGUCUGGCUCUUGUAACGUCAGUACUAAGUCAUCUGCAAAUGCUCUCAAUUUGUACUGUUUGGCUCCAACCUGUAUACCUUUAACCAACUGGUCCCUUCUAAUCAUGUUCAGCAAAACCUCCAGGACCGAAAUAAAAAGCAAUGGGGAAAUUGGGCAGCCUUGUCGUGUCCCUUUUUCUAUCUUAAAUUCUUCCAUCAUCACAUUAUUUACAAUUAAUUUAGCCUUUUGUUCGGAAUAAAUUGCACUUAUACCGUUUUCAAAGCCUUGGCCUACCCCCAUACCCUGUAGGUUCUUCUUCAUAAAACUCCAAGAAAUGUUGUCAAAAGCUUUAUCCGCGUCUACAAAUAUCAAAACUGCUUUAGUAUUUAUGUUCACUUCUAGUUUUUCCAAAAUAUCAAUUAUAUUCCUCAAAUUGUCAGAUAAGUGUCUUCCUGGGAGAAAGCCCGCUUGGUCUUUAUGAAUCUCUUCCAUCAACACUUUUUUCAAUCUCUUGGCCAAAAUGUCUGCAAAAAUUUUGUAAUCCACAUUAAGUAAUGAUAUGGGGCGGUAGUUCUUAAGCUGUGUCUUUUCAGUCUCUGUUUUCGGUACAAGUGUAAUAUAUGCUUCUUUCCACGACUCUGGUGCCCUUUUCCCCUCCAUUAUUUCAUUACAGACCUCUUUCAAAGGUUGUACUAGCCAUUCUUUCAAGGAUCUGUAAUAUCUAGAAGUCAGUCCAUCCGGUCCUGGAGAUUUACCCAACUGCAUAUUUUGAAUGGCACCUUCUAUCUCUUGUUCAGUUAUUUUAUAGUUCAACAUUAAUUUACUUUCUUGAGAGAUUUUUUGUAAUCCAUUUGUUUUCAAAAAUCGAUCUAGAUCAGUUUCUUUCAGUGGCCCUUGUGUAUAUAGUUGUUUAAAGUACCUCUGGAAACAAUUUCUAAUCUCAGCUGGGUUCCGUAUAUUCCUUCCUUCCACUUCUAAAUUUGUAACUGUAAUUAAUUUUUGUCUUUUUUUCAUUUGCCAAGCCAACAAACUUUUCACCACUCGGAACCUGGGAACGGCAGCCAUUAAAAUCGCUGCACUACGUGGAACUGGCGGAAAUGACUGGCAGAAUCCGAGACCAGGGAGAAGAGUCGGUGGAAGAAGAUUGGAAGAAAUUUAAAGACUAUUUACAGAAAUACUGCAAAAUUAAUGAAUGUUAGAAUGAUGUCAGAAAGAAAUUAAGUGGUCUUAGCAGCAAUGUUAAGGUGUAUGUAAAAAUGGAUUGUUAACAGAUGAGAAUCCAAAGUUAUAAUAUAUUAAGUUAAAGGAUUAAGACAAGAACAAAGAGGGAAAGGAAUUGCUGAAUUAACUAAUAGAACUGGAAUACAAAAAAGGGAGGUGUGAGGAGGUCAGGGAAGUAAGGAAAUGAAAUGUAAGUUAUGGAAAGAUCGAUGUGUUUUUUUUUUAAGUGUUUUUUUAUCUUUUUCCUGUAUUUUGUAUUUUGUAUUUUUUCUUUUUUAUUUCUUUUUGUUUUUUCUUUUUAUCUAUGUAAUCUUUUCUUUGAAACUUUAAUAAAUAUCAUUUUUUUAAAAAAAUCGCUGCACUACGGAGCUCCGCAUUGACUGUGAAUAGACUAUUUGACUGUCAGUGAGUGAAACAUUGUUUCAGCUAUUUUCUCCUGGUUUAAAAGUUUCAACUAUUUCUUUCUGAACUAAAGUUAAGGCUUGAUACUAAUUAUAUUGGCGCAACUUGCUAUUGCAAUUCAAAAAAAAAGAAAAGAAAAAGAAUACUUUGGACUAAUACAAGAUAAACAAUAACUAUUUCCCUCUAGAGGAGGACUUUGAAACUGCUACAAGCCGUGGAAUUUUCCAGUCUUAAAGAUAAAACUCUGGGACUGUACCUGACCUUGAGGGCCUUGAGUGUUAUGGCAGAUGGGAAAGAAAAAAGAGAUCCUUCUUUACAAGAAAAGACAACAAGGUCUGGGAAGUCUUUUCGGAGAGCUUCUACAUCUGGCCCUCCUGCUUCCUCUGCAGCUGCGUCAAUGUAUACUAAACCAAAGGAGGAAUGCUUUCGGAAGAAGAUUGGGCACUUGUUUUGAGUAAAAUUAACAAUUCCUUGGAACAAAUGAAUAAAAAAAUUGGACCAAAACUCACAAAAAUUGGACCAAAAUACACAAAGCAUAAAAAGCUUGGAACAAAAGGUUAAUUCUAAUACAGAAGCUAUAGAGGCAUUAGUUAAGGAGUCUAACUCAACUAGACAGACUGCAGAGGAAGUUAAGGAAAAGAUUGUUACUGUUGAAACGAAGGUAGCACAACUGGAAACAGAGGUCCCAGAUGUGCAGAAACAAGUACAAGACCAGAAGUUGAUGUUUUCUAUGUUUGAGCUCAAGGAGAAACAGACAAAUUUGAGAAUUCAGGGAGUACCUGAACUAGACUAUCUUACAGAGGAAUUUGCAGCCUAUUGGAACCGGGAUCUGCAAAAAGAGGAGUUUAAAAUUGUGAGAGCCUUUAGACUUGGAAGAGGAGGGAAGAAGGAGAAGAACAGAAUAAGAGACUGUUUGAUUACACUCCGAUCCAAAGAAGAGAGGGAUAAAAUCUUGAGUUGGCAUUACGAGGAGGCCUUGGCAAUACACCAAUUUAGAGUGGAGAUAUUUAAAGAUAUCCUAAAUAUUUUUUAGAUUUGAGAUUUAACUUCAGAGAUCUGGUUGAACUGUUGAGAAGGAACAAAAUCAACUUUCGGUGGGAAUUUCCUCAAGGCUUAUCCUUUAGUUUUAAAGGAAGGAAAAUAAAGAUAAGAUCAGUAGAAGAUAAAACAAAGUUCCUGUAUAACCACGAAGAAGACCCACAGAAGGGAAUUGGAAAAGAGCCAAUAAUACCGGAAAGAGGAUCACCAGACAGAGGAUUGGAGCAAAGAGUACGGGAGAGAGCAUCACCAAGAAAGGGUACCCUGGACAUUUCAGCAUUGUCUUUUGGACUGGACUCCCCUGUUAACGAACCAGCGUUACCACCAACAGAAGAGGAGCAAGCUCUGGGGGCAGUUGGGGGAGCACCAAAGUAGCCACAGGAUGGCGCUGCAGGCCUUGAGUUGGAAUGUUAGUGGCCUCAACAGUUCGGAAAAAAGGCGAAGAGUGUUUCAUUUAUUGAAAAAAGAGCAAUUGGACUUGAUUUGUCUACAAGAAACGCAUGUGACAAGGCUACACAGGAAAUUAUUGAGUAAUAAAAAAUUAGGCCAAGAAUUUAUCUCAUCGGAUAAAGUUAAAAAAAGAGGAGUGGUUCUUUAUGCAAAGGAGAGCCUAUCACCUAAAUUUAUCUUUAAAGAUGAACAAGGAAGAUUUGUAGCAAUUGAAAUCCAAACACAAGGAGAUAAAUUUUUGAUAAUAGGUAUCUAUGAAACCAAAUGAAGGGAAAUCAGAAUUCUUUAAAAAGCUACAUGAAAUCUUGAUGGACUAUUUGGACUAUAAUAUGAUUCUGAUGGGAGAUAUGAAUGGUGUUGUAUCCACAAACAUGGAUAAGGCGCAAAGACAAAUAAUUACCAAGGAUGGAAGACUACCAAAAACAUUUUUUGACAUGACUGAAAAUAUGGACUUAAUUGACAUUUGGAGAAUGAAGAACCCUCUGGGAAGAGAGGGAACUUUCUUCUCUGAGGCUAAAAUGACAUGGACAAGAAUUGACCAAAUCUGGGUAACUAGAGGACUGGCUCCAAAGAUUAGCAAAGUUGAAAUUUGCCCCAAGACCAGCUCUGAUCAUAAUGCUGUGAAGAUGGAAAUGAAAUUAAUGCCAACUGGUUCCUUUAGAUGGAGGAUGAAUGACUCUUUGUUCAGGAAUGAUGAAUUUACUAAAAAGGCCCAAAAAACUUUGAGAGAUUACUUUGAGAUAAACAUGAACACUACAGUGGAAAAAAGAGUAAUCUGGGAUGCAAGUAAAGCCGCCAUGAGAGGAUUUUUGAUACAACAGAACACAAUUAAGAAGAGAAUGCAAAAUGAGAAAAAAGAUAAAAUUUUGGAAAAAAUAAAGGAAGGAGAGAAGAAACUGAGGGCGAAACCAACGUCUCAGGAGAUUUUGAAAGAAAUAAAGUUAUAUCAAGUACAAUAUAUGAAAAUGAUGAAUCAGAAAUAGAAUGGAAGAUUAAACAGAUGAGACAAAAGACAUUUGAAUUGGCAAAUAAGUGUGGGAAAUUGUUGGCUUGGCAGUUGAAAAAAAGACAAAAAUUAAAUACUAUUACGAAUUUGGAAGUGGAAGGAAAGAAUAUACAGAAUCCAGUGGAAAUUAGAAAGUGUUUUCAGAGGUAUUUCAAACAACUAUAUACACAGGAAAAGCAGAAUGAAAUGGACAUUGAUAAAUUUUUGAAAAUAAAUGGACUACAAAAAUUUAUCAAGAAAAUAAAUUAAUGCUGGAUUACAAAAUAACGGAUCAGGAAGUAGAAGGGGCCAUUCAGAAUAUGCAAUUGGGUAAAUCUCCAGGACCGGAUGGACUGACUUCUAGAUAUUACAGAACUUUGAAAGAAUGGUUAAUAUAACCAUUAAAGGAAGUCUGUAAUGAAAUAUUGGAAGGGAAAAGGGCACCCGAGUCGUGGAAGGAAGCAUAUAUUACACUUAUACCAAAAUCAGAGUCUGAAAAGACGCAACUUAAGAACUACCGUCCCAUAUCACUGCUUAACGUGGAUUAUAAAAUUUUUGCAGACAUUUUGGCUAAAAGAUUAAAAAAGGUGUUAGCAGAAGAAAUUCAUAAAGACCAAGCGGGUUUUCUCCCGGGCAGACAUUUGUCUGAUAAUACGAGGAAUAUAAUUAACAUUUUAGAAAAGUUACAAGUGAAGAUUAAUACUAAAGCAGUUCUGAUUUUUGUGGACGCGGAGAAAGCCUUUGACAAUAUUUCCUGGAGUUUUAUGAAGAAGAAUCUAUUGGGGAUGGGGGUUGGUAAAGGUGUUGGAAACGGUAUAGGUGCAAUCUACUCAGAACAAAAGGCUAAAUUAAUUGUGAAUAAUGUAGUGACGGAAGAAUUUAAGAUUGAGAAAGGAACACGACAAGGUUGCCCAAUCUCUCCAUUGCUUUUUAUAUCGGUCCUGGAGGUUUUAUUAAAUAUGAUUAGAAGGGACCAAUUGGUAAAAGGUAUCCAAGUGGGAACCAAACAGUAUAAGUUGAAAGCAUUUGCCGAUGAUUUGGUAUUGACUUUACAGGAGCCAGAAUCAAGCACUAAAAGAGUAUUAGAAUUGAUUCAAGAAUUUGGUCAGGUAGCAGGUUUUAAGUUGAAUAAGACGAAAACUAAAGUUUUAGAGAAAAAUCUAAAUGAGAUUGAGAGAGACAAGUUCCAGAAGGAGACAGGAUUGACAUUGGUUAAGAAAGUGAAAUAUUUAGGGGUAAAUAUGACUGCUAAGAAUGUGAAUUUAUUUAAGGAUAACUAUGAAAAAUGUUGGACUGAAGUGAAAAAGGGUUUAGAAAUAUGGUCAAAUUUGAAGCUAUCAUUGCUAGGUCAAAUUGCUGUGAUUAAAAUGAAUGUAUUGCCAAGAAUAUUAUUUUUGUUUCAAACAUUGCAAAUUUUGGACAAGAUGGACUGUUUCAAGAAGUGGCAGAGAGAUAUCUCUAGAUUUGUCUGGCAGGGCAAGAAGCCUCGUAUAAAAUUUAAAAUAUUAACAGAUGUUAAAGAAAGAGGUGGAUUUGCCCUGCCAGACCUUAAACUUUAUUAUGAAUCAGCCGCAUUUUGUUGGCUGAGAGAAUGGAUGCUUCUUGAAAAUACGGAUGUGUUGGAUUUGGAAGGUUUCAAUAAUGUAUUUGGUUGGCAUGCAUAUUUGUGGUAUGACAAAGUUAAAGCACAUACAGCGUUUAAAAACCAUAUUGUUAGAAAAGCACUGUUUAAUGUUUGGGUAAGAUAUAAGGAUUUGCUAGAAAGCAAAACCCCAAGAUGGCUGUCACCAAUGGAAGCAAAGGCUCAGAAAAACUCAAUAUGGAGGACAAAUGGCCAAGUAUUGUGAAAUUUUGGAACAAGAGGGAGACAGAUUAAAAUUGCAGAGUUUUGAAAAACUAAAAAAUAAAGUGCGAGAUUGGCUCCAUUAUUAUCAAAUAAUGGAGGUAUAUACGGGGGAUAAUAAAUAGGCUUCCAAGUGGAAAAAUCAAAAUUGGAAACAGAAUUGUUAGACUCUAAAGUUAAGAACUUGUCAAGAAUGUAUAACUUGCUGUUGAAAUGGAAUACUCAAGAUGAAACAGUGAAAUCUGCUUUGAUUAAAUGGGCACAAGAUGUGGGACAUAACAUUAUGAUGGCUGACUGGGAACAGUUAUGGACCACAGGUAUGAAGUUUACGGCAUGUAAUGCCUUAAAAGAGAACUUAAUGAAAAUGAUUCAUAGGUGGUACAUAACACCAGUCAAGCUUGCAAAAAUCUAUCAUUUGCCUGAUAAUAAAUGUUGGAAAUGUAAGGAGACUGAAGGUACUUUCUUUCACCUUUGGUGGACAUGCCCAAAGAUUAAGGCUUUCUGGGAAACGAUCUAUAAUGAAAUGAAAAAGGUAUUUAAAUAUACCUUCUUGAAGAAACCAGAGACCUUUCUCCUGGGCAUGGUCGGCCAAAGAAGGAUAGAAUUUUUUUAAUGUAUGCUACGACAGCAGCAAGAAUUCUCAUUGCAAAGUACUGGAAGACACAAGAUCUACCUACCCGGGAAGAAUGGCAGAUGAAGCUGAUGGACUACAUGGAGUUGGCAGAAAUGACUGGCAGAAUCCAAGACCAGGGAGAAGAGUCGGUGGAAGAAGAUUGGAAGAAAUUCAAAGACUAUCUACAGAAAUAUUGUAAAAUUAAUGAAUGUUAGAAUGAUGCUGGAAAGAAGUUAUAUGACUUUAGCAGAAAUGUUAUAAAGAAUUAAGUAUGAAUAGAUUGACAAUGGGUAAAGGUGCAAAACUUAAGGUUAAAUUGCGUUAAGAUAAAUUAUGGAACUAAAUUUGAGAAAGAGGGAAAGGAUUUGCUGGAAUAAUUAAUUGAACUAGAAUACAAAAAAAGGAGGUGUGAGGAAGUCGAGGAAAUAAGCAAAUGAAAGAUAAGGACAUGAAAAUACGGGGUUUUUUUUGUUUUUUUCUUCUUCUAUUUUUUUAAAGGUUUGUGUUUUUUAAAUGUUUCUGUUUUUUCUUUUUUAAUGUUUUGAUGUACUGUUGUUGUUUUGUUUUAUUGUAUUUUCUUUUGUUUUUGAGGUUUUGUAACUGUUCACUGCUUGCUUUUCUUUUUUUUUGUAAUUCUUAAACUCUAAUAAAUAUCUUUUUAAAAAUAACAAAAAAAAAACAGACUCCCGUGACACCAGAUUUCCCAAAGACAGUGUGUGAUGAUUAAUUUGAUCAGCCUGAGUUGUAUCACUCAAAAAUAGGAUCACUGUUGUAUUUAAGCCAGUGGUCAAGGCCAGACAUUGCAUGCGCUACAAAUGUUCUGAGUCAACGUGUAUCUAAACCCAGUACUGCUGAUUGGUGUGCUUUGAAAAGGCUUAUCAGAUAUCUAAAGGGGACAUUAAAUGUAUGUUUGAAGAUAUCUAGUACACAAGACGAAAAACUAGAAGUAUUUGUUGAUGCGGACUGGGGAAGCUGUGUAGCUACUAGAAAAUCUACAAGUGGAAUGGUUAUGAUGUUUGCCAAUUCCAUAAUUGUUUUUUUUUAAUAAGAUAUUUAUUAAGAUUUUCAGAAUAUUACAAGACAUAAAAAGAAAAAGAGAAAAUACAAAGUAAAAAUAGUUAAAAACAAUUCAUUCCUUCCGUUACUUAGCCUUCAUUUGCUUAUUUCCAGGACCUCCUCACACCUCCCUUUUUUGUAUUCCACUUCAAUUAUUAGUUCAGCAAAUCCCUCCCCUCUUUAUAUAUCCUAAUCAUUAAUCAUAAAAUAUUGUAAUUUUAGAUUUUUACAUAUUAAUAAACCAUUUUUUCAUGUUCCCUAGUAACAUUUCGGCUAAAGACCACUUAGUUUCUAUCCAACACCAUUCUAACAUUCAUUAAUUUUGCAAUACUUCUGUAAAUAGUCUUUAAACUUUUUCCAAUCUUCUUCCAUCGACUCUUCUCCCUGGUCUCGGAUUCUGCCAGUCAUUUCAUAAUUGGAUGGAGGUCAAAGAAACAAGGAUUUGUUGCGACCUCAUCCUGUGAGGCAGAAUAUGGGAGCCUGUCACUAGCAUGCAAUGAAAUCAUGUGGUUUAUACAGAUACUAAAAGAUCUAGAUUGUAAAGUGGAUUUGCCUAUCCAAGUGUAUGAAGAUAGCCAAUCGUGCAUUGCAUUAGCGGGCUCGGAAAUAAUGAAAUCCGCAUCAAAACAUAUUGCUAUCCGUCAUGCGAAUGUUAAAGAUUGUGUACAGAAUGGGGUAAUCAAACUGGAGUAUUGUCAGUCACAAGAUAAUAUUGCUGAUUUGUUUACCAAGCCUUUGCCAGCAACAUGUCAUAAUGAAUUGAUGACAAAACUGGGUUUAUGUAUAUAAUGUAUGUAUGUAUUGUUUCUGUUGUGGUUUUUUGCGUAUUUAAGAAACAGAAGGGGUGUCAUGGCUAAAAUGGCCACUGUUUCUUUAAUGCGAAUAAAGCUGGGUCAGCAUGACUCAGCGGCCUGCAGCAGGUUGUAUAUAUAAAGUGAGAAAUGUUAGUUUGUGCUGAGGCUGGUGUUUGGGUUGGCUGGUUGGUUGGUUGGUUGGUUGGUUGGUUGGUUAGUUAGUUAGUUAGUUAGUUAGUUAGUGCUGGUGUGUAUAGUUCUUCAGUCGUGUUUUGCACAAAGACUUUUAAGAAUAAAACUCUGCAAGGAUAUUCUCGUGGACUCUUUUAUGCAGACAAGGGUCCGAGGACCAGGCUGAAGAGACAAAGGGAGGUCAGAACCCUUUCCUUCUUUUUUUUGCUUUUUACAAACACUGACAGCGAUUUCUUUUUGGCUUUAGCUAAACAUUCAGCGUACCCAAAAGACAGCUUUUGCUGAUUUCACAGAGGGAGAGAUCAAGUUCAUCCCGAUGUACAAAUUCGACUCUAAAACAGAUCGCUGGGACUCCAGGUAAGCGCCUGCUUGAUAGUUGAGCCUUUGUAAGUAAGUCCUCUCAAUCAUUCUUCUGCAAGGCUUGUUUGUUUAUCCUAGUCUGCUGAGACGCUAGUAGUGUCCUGCCUUUCCGUCCUCCUGAGCAGGCUAGUAAAACAUAUAUUUUAAAAAUGGCUUUCUGCUAAGCAAGCUGUUGGAGGAGGGCUAGAGUUGAGGGCUGGAUGGACUUCCUUUCCUCUGCAGCCAGAAUGGACACCAAGCCAUGGAGGAAGAGAGAGAUCCAGCUCUCCUUCACCUGCUCACUUUGCUUGCAUGGAAUUCCUGGUUGCCAAAGGCUGCUAGGCGAGUUGUUUAAUGCAAGGCUGUGAUAUGUUGUCUUCCUCAAGCCAUCCCUGCUCUGGAAAUGUUUUGGCUCCUUUUCCACAAGCAGCCUUUCCCCCACAUUUGUCCUGAUAACCAGCAUCCUCUGUUUCAUGGCGUGUAUAAGCGGAGAAUCCUGUUUGUGUCAAGGAAGUCUGGGAAUUAGACUUGGUGCUCUCUCAAGAUGAGUCUGCCAGGGCAUAAGAGCAUGAGAGCAGCCCUGCUGGAUCAGGCCAUUGGUCCAUCUGGCCCAGCAUCCUGUUCUCACAUUGGCCAAUGAGAUGCCUCUUGGGGAGCCCACAAACAGGACCUGAGUGCAACAGCACGCUCCCCUCCUCCAAGCCAUACUGCUUCUCUUGGUGGAGUAUGUGCGGUGGCCAUUAUGGCUAGUAGCCAUUGAGCCUCACCAUCCAGGAUUUGGCAUAUUCUUGUGGUUCUUGACAACUGUCAGAAGCCACCUAGGCCUGCUAGUUUCAUUGCUCUUGCUGUGGUAUGGGGAAAUCAAAAGGACAGGCGGAACAUGUAGUGACGAAGCCGGAAAACGGCAGGCUCCUUUGGGCAGCAUUUCAGGUGCCAGAAAGGGUCUUUGGAUCACUGAAGAAAUAGUGUCUGAACAAGAAUAACGGGGCCCUUGCUUUGGGGAAGGAUCAUCAUUUGGUGGUGUGCCAUAUGCUUUGUAUGCAGAGUCUCAAGUUGAAAGGCACCUCCACCUGAAAAAGGAUUGGGCCACAGAGAGCUGCUGCCAGCCAGAGUAGACUUAAUUAAUUAAUUGUGGGGUUGGAAGGGAUCACAAGGGUCAUCUAGUCCAACCCCCUGCAAUGUAGGAAUCAAAACUGGGGUAGGUCAGAAAUUCAUUCUGACCUGGUAGAAGGCAGCUUUUGAUUUCCUGACAACUCUCUCCAUGAGGCAAAAUGCCUGCACACCUGCAAGGUCCGCCCCUUCAGAAGUUGGACUCCCAAGCCCCAUCAUCUCCAGCUCUUGACCGUGGUCAAGAUCACAGGCCGUGUGUGGAGCCAAAGUUUGACUGUGUGAGCCUUGUGUGUUGCCUCAGCCAGUCCAACAGUCCUGGUGUCUCUCCUGUCUCCUUGCAGUGGGAAGUGCCAUAUGCCAGCAUGGUGUGAGCCAAUCCUCUGGAGAGGAGGCAGCGUGAAUCAGCUCAGCUACCGAAGCCACAUGGAAUUGAAAAGGAGCGACCACAAGCCCGUCAGCUCCCUCUUCCUCACAGGGGUAACACCUGCCCUGGCCAGGGCUAUCGUCUAUUCAGGGUUUUUAGUUGCCUGCUAUGUGGCACCUCCUCGAAUCUGGGCAGGCCCUGACCAACAACCAGGCCCCUUUCCACAGAGCUCCUCCUUGGCCAAUGACUUCCGGUGCAAGGAGUGGGCAGGUUUUGGCUCUGUUAAAUCCCUAGGCUUCCAUUCUCCACUGUUCUGAGUACACGCUGCUCCUGCAGGCAUGGCAGACCACAUGGGCUGAACUGUAUACCUUAACCGCUGGCUCCAUUCAUGCAAUGGAGCUUCUGUGGUACUUGGCUUGGAGCCCAUUGGGUCUGGAAGUCACAGCCGCUGCCAUCCUGGGGAAGCUCUCAGAGUUACAGUACUUGCCUCUUUCAGGGCUGGGAACAGGGGGGUGCAUCAGGCAUUUCUGCUCUUAACUCAUGCCCCCCCUUUCAGUCCAUAGCCCCAACAAAUGUGCUCUGUUCCCCCCCCCCAUAGGUGAAGGUUGUGGCUGACCGACGGUACCGGAAAGUGUUUGAGGAUAUUGUUCAGUUGAUGGACAGGAUGGAGAACGAAUUCCUUCCCUCCCUGGAGGGAGGUAAAGACGAAUAG